CAGUGGCUGACAUACGUCGCGGCUUCUUCUAGCUGAUGGCGUAGUGCAGUGUAGUGAAAAGUAUAACCCGAGUUUCUGGUAAAAAAAAAAAAAUAAAAACUGGUGACUGGUGACUGGUGACUACUGACUAACCAAUUCGGUCUCGACAUAAUAUAACAUAUAUAUAAUAUUAGCAUAAGACACAUAAAUUACAAGUACACGAAAGUAACGAGGACGAAGAACACUCGUCGGAAUUAAUGCCACGAUGGCUGAUACAAGUUCAAACGAUAUCCUGACGAUGGAGAAAAUAGAAAAUAAUGUUGAGGUUGCUGGAGCUGGUGAAGCUUUAGUGUCAAACAGUAAUGACGUUGCCGAUCUUGAAUUCCAGGCUACUCAGGCGAUUUACAGGCUAGAAGAAGCCGCUGACAACCCAGCUAGUGCUGGCAAUUCUGCUUGGAAUAAUCCUUCGGGAUUUCUUAUUCAUCCCAAUACUCCGGAAUCAGUGUUGUCAUUAAUGCAGGACCUUGUAAUUCAUGAAGAUAUUCCUCAAGACGAUGAACUAGAACCGCAAUCAAAUCAAUUAACAGCCUUGCCAACACUGACAGAAGCUGCACGAGUAGCCCUAGUGGCUCACUCGGUGUCAGCAUACGCAGUGGCUUUGCCAAGAACACACGCACAAAGACUAGCAGCUCGUUUGGCUGCGGAUACCACACGAUGGCUCAGUCACAUCUUUCAUUUCGUCGACUGCGCUUCUUCUUUUCACGAAGAUCAUCUGGAAGGCCUAGUGCGAGUAACCAGACUUGCUCUUCAUAAGAAAUACCCCAAGUAUUUGGAAGAAGGGUUCUCUGCUUUGGCUUCUUCGCCCCCUCUAAUUUACAGCUCCAUCGCAGCUCUCUUGGGGGUUGUUAAACAUCUUUGUCGACAGCUUUCACUGCCAUUAAAUUGCAUUCGUCCGAUUCCACAAAACACAAUGUUUGGAUCGCGACAAACAAUGGACAUCUCUGCACUAGAGAGACGCUUAGUCGAGGACACCAGUAUUAACGGUGUAACGCCGCUUUUAGUAUUAGCUGAGGUCGGUACUGUCAUAACUGGGCAUUGUGAUAAUGUAUCGAGACUUCGGGAAAUUUGUGACAAGUACAAUGUUUGGUUACAUCUUCGUGGUCAUUCAUUAGCUGCUCUUGCAUUAAAUACUGCCCCUAAAGACUUGCCGUCAAAAAUCGCUGACAGUAUUACACUGCCUCUGGGUGCGUGGUUAGGCAUACCAUCGUUACCAGUAGUAACUUUAUACAGACUAACAGACAGUAAAGGAGACAAACCGACUCAAAGAGACACAACUCUAAGUCUAGUGUCAGGUUUGAUGGCCGAAUCUCUAUCUCGGCGGCUACCGACACUGCCUCUUUGGGCGGCUCUCCAAGUUCUCGGAAGAGAUGGAAUCCAAACGAGAAUAAAACAGUGCUUCCAGAUUAUCGAACAACUUUAUAAUAAAAUAAAAAAGUUUCCUAACAUUAAAUUUUUGAGCCAAAUACCAGGUGGUGAAAAUUGUUCCCACACGAUAAAUGAGCUGGCAAACAAUCCAAUAAACGGCCCGAAAUUAUUUGAAGUCGUUGCCAGUGCUUUAGUGUUUCAAUAUGUACCGGCUGUAAAGGAAAACCAGACGUCAGAACGUGUUCUUAGUAACUCAGAUAAAUUUAAUUGCUGGCUUGGACAGAUUUUGCAAAGAGAUAUUGAGAGUGUGCCCAUUGAAUUGUGCGAGUUAGAACAAUAUGGUAUUGCUAUUAGGAUAUGUUGUCUAGAGAGUCCAGAUCCACCACCGACUUCUGAAGAUAUUGAUAAUGUUGAAGCUUGUCUUGAACAACAAAUUGAAAUUUUAAAUGCAACAGUGGAACACAAAGAAAACUUUUUAAGAUUAGUUAAACAAAACAAUUCUCUACGUUUCGUAGACUUGCCUGGAUGGGCAGGAUUAGGUGGAGUACGGUAUGAGCCACCAACAUGGGUUCAGAUUAAGACAGAUGAAACAAAAGCCGAGCUUAAUAGAUUGAAUAAUCAAUUAGUUGAAGCUUUACGCAGCACAGACGCUGCAUUCUCACUGGGAGAAGGCGAUGAUGGAUUAAGUUGUGUACGCUUUGGAAUGGUUACACAAGACACUGACUUAGCUAAAUUAAUAUCUCUGGUGCUGCAAGUCGGCAGAGAAGUAGAAGCUAAUUCAAAGUUAUUAGAUACCAUUUCUGAAGUUGUCAAAAGAGGAAUCGAGACAGCGCAGACAGACCUCGAGAGAGAAAAUGCCGAAAAACUUUGGCAAGAAGGUAUUCUCAGACACGUUCCUGUUGUUGGUACUUUUGUCAAUUGGUGGAGUCCACCGCCUAAAGAAAGUGGAGUACGGGGACGGAGUUUAAAUUUGCAGGCUGGUGUUGUUGAAAGCACAGAAAAUAUUUACAAGUACCACAUGCAAUUACAACCAAAUACAACGACCAGCAAUGGAUCUGGGGCCCGAACACCUCCACAACCGCUGGUGCAAACUCCGGUUGGUGCUGGCAGUCAAAGUCACAGCAGAUCUUCAAGUCACUCGAGCUUACAGAGCAAUAAGUGUAUCUCAGCGGUUGCUAAUUCCAAUGUCUUGCAAUCUCAAGUGAAAGAGGAACUUAACGAUCCGCGAUCGUAGUUAGAUAAUACAAUAUUUUAUAUUGUUUUAAACAUUUAAUAAUGCGAAGUAGCUAUUUAUAAUUAAUACCUUGACACUGCUCAUUGUAAAAAAUAUAAAAAUAAAAAUGAAAAUAUUCCCGGUAUUUGUGAUAGUUACGCAUUGCAUUGACGUACUAAUUACUUAAUUUAGUUAUAUUAUAAUCUUAUAAUGAGCUAUUAAAUUAAAAUAAUAAUAAUUAAUAUAUUUCACACAUAAUUA